AUGGCGCCCAGCGUGAGCCGGCACUUCACACCUGCGGCGGACACCCCGACGACGGGCAGUACGCGCUACGCCAUCAUCGUGUGCGCGUUCGCUUCGCUCGGUGGGUUUUUCUUCGGCUACGACCAGGGUGUGACGUCCGGCGUGUUGAUUAUGGAUUCGUUCCUGAACGACUACUGCGUCGGGUGGCACAACUUCACCUACGAUGACUGCACCCGGUCGUCUUCGGACAUCCCGGGACAGUGGACGAGCUUCACCGUGUGGUACAACAUGGUCUACAACCUUGGUUGUCUGGUUGGUGCUCUGAUUGGCGGCUACGUCGCGGACAGGUACGGUCGUCGAGCUACGAUUUUCUCCGCCGGCGUCCUGUUCUGCAUCGGGACGACGUGGGUUUGUCUAAACCCCGCACAGGAUCACACGCUCAUGUACAUUGCGCGUAUCGUACAGGGCUUCGGCGUCGGCAACUCAUCGUUCUCACUCCCACUGUUCGGAUCUGAGAUGGCCCCGAAGGAGCUGCGCGCGCGUCUGUCCGGUUUGAUGGUGCUGCCCGUCACAUUCGGUCAGUGGCUCGCUAACCUUAUCAACAUCCUCGUCAUGGACGACAGCAACGGCUGGCGUAUUAGUAACGCCGUAUCGAUGAUCCCUUCGGUGAUCGUCAUGUGCGGCAUCUUCUGCGUGCCCGAGAGUCCUCGUUGGACGUGUCAGCAGAAGGGCAGGGAAGAGGCUGAGGCGGUUCUUAAGCGGCUACGACAAACGGACGACGUGCGCCAUGAGCUCGAAGCGAUCGGUACCCAGAUUAACCAAGAAGAGACUGGGAACAAAGACAUGGCUGGACUGUGGGAACCCACGGUGCGACGACGUGUGUUCAUCGCCAUGGCGCUACAGCUCGGCCAACAGGCGACUGGUAUCAACCCCAUUAUGACCGGCGUCAACUGCUUGAGUACCACACCUGGUUUGAUUUGGUUGGAUAAGUACGGACGCCGCUAUAUGGCCAUGAUCGGCGCUGUAGGCAUGGUGAUCGGCCACCUGUUCGCUGCUAUUCUGUUCACGGCGAUCUGCGACGGCAACGUCGACGACUCGGGCUGCCCUUCAGUCGGCGGAUGCUAUUCCGUGUCUUGGGGCGCUCUACCUUGGAUCUCCUGCUCGGAGAUUUUCCCACUCAACGUACGUGCGUCUGCUGUGUCUGUGGCUACUGCAGCCAACUGGAUCGGUGGUGCCGCCAUGACGGAAGUCGUCAAGCUCUUCCCGUACCUGAACAUCAACGGUGUAUUCUUCAUGUUCGCUGGACUCGCACUACUAUGCGGCCUGUUCAUCUACUUCUACUGCCCAGAGACCAAGGGCAUUCUACUUGAGGACAUCGAGACACUCUUCAGCCGCAGUAACCACACGGCUAUGUCACCGUCCUACGGCGCGGUCAAGACCCCUGUGGCUGCUACCGACAAGAGCCCAGUUGCCCAAUGGCCUAAGAUUUUUAAAACCUGUCAAUCAAUUUACUACAACUGCGAAUUUGUCGUGAUGCGCAAAUAA